AUGGAAAACUAUGAUGAGUCUGCUGAUGUUGAUGUGGAUUCCAUUCAUUCAAGUGAACGUGAUUCAUGGGACGAGGAGUUGGAUGAUGAAGAAAGUUAUUCGAUAUCUAAUAUGAAUCAAAGUUCAGUGGAUGGCGAUCAUUCAGCUGAUAAUGGCAAUGAUGAUGGAGAUGCAGUUGGAGGCAAUAGCCAGAUAAGGAAAGGUGAUAGUAGGGUAAGAGGUAGUGAAGGUAAUAAAGUAAUAAAAAUGAAGCAGUUUGUAUGCAACAAACACGGUGUAAGAGAGAAGAGACACUUAGUUAGGAUAGAUAGGAAAUUAGAACAUAGACGUUUGACCCGCACUAAAUGUGGAGCCAGUCUUCGUGUGAAAUACAAAGCUGAAAAGGAUAGAUAUGUAGUUUCAGCUUUUGAAGAGACUCAUAACCAUGAAUUAACCCCAGCUAGGUUUGUGCACUUACACCCCGUAUAUCGUAAAAUUUCUGAAGUAGAUAAGGCUCAGGUGGAUAGUCUUCAGAAACGUGGCAUUAGAACAUGUCAUAUAAUGGGGUACAUGGUUGCACAGAAGGGUGGAUAUGCUGAUGUUGGUUUUACAAAGAAAGAUUUGUACAACUAUUUUGAUAAAAAAAUGCGUGCUGUUAUUAAAGAUGGUGAUGUUGUCGCAGCUUUAAACUACCUGAAUAUGAAGUCGUCUAGUGAUCCCAUGCUUUAUGCUGAGUAUGCUGUAGACAACGUUAAUGGAAGAAUGAAGACUCUUUUUUGGGCUGAUGGGAUUAGUAGGACCGACUAUUUUUGUUUUGGUGAUGUGCUUGCAUUUGACACGACUUACAGGAAGAACAAGUACAACUAUCCGUUGGUUGUAUUUUCAGGGUGUAACCACCACUCUCAAACAAUAAUUUUUGGUGCUGCAUUGGUGUCAGAUGAAACGACGGAGACGUAUAAGUGGGUGUUGAGGUGUUUCCUAGAAUGCAUGGAAGGUAAACAACCAAAAGCGGUGGUAACAGAUGGGGAUGGGGCAAUGAGAGAGGCCAUAAAACAGAUUUUUCCUGAUGCUAACCAUAGGUUAUGUGCUUGGCAUUUGAAUAAGAAUGCAAGUGAGAAUGUGAAGAACGGAAAUAAUUUUUUGGACGGUUUUUCAAAGGCCAUGUACUCAAAUUUUACAAUAGAUGAAUUUGAAGAGUAUUGGUCACAAAUGAUUAAAGAAAAUGGAGUGCAAGGACAUCCUUGGGUAGUCAAAACGUACGAGAAUAGGUCACUGUGGGCUACUGCAUAUCUACGAGAUAAUUUUUUUGGACGUAUAAGAACUACGUCGCAGUGCGAAGCUGUUAAUGCAAUAAUUAAGAGUUAUGUCAGGAAGCAAGGAUGCAUUUUUGAAUUUAUGAACAACUUUGAUCAGGCUUUGAGAGAUUAUAGAAAUAAUGAGUUGGUUGCUGAUUUUAAAUCAUCGUCUACAGAUCCUGUGUUGUCGACGCAACUGCCUGUGAUUGAGAGUCAUGCUGGUAAAAUAUAUACGGCGGAGCUUUUCAAAGAAGUUAGACAUGAAAUAUUGAAAGCCGGUGAAUUGAUAGUUAGGGAGAAAAGCGAAGUUGGGGGUAGGAAGAAUUAUAGAUUGACAAAAUAUUGUAAGGAUGGUUAUGAAAGAAGUGUUGUUUAUGAUGGUUCGACAUUUGAGUGUUCAUGUAAGAAGUUUGAGUCCCGUGGCAUUCCGUGUUCUCAUAUUUUUUACGUAAUGAAGGAAGAACACGUUGAUCGUAUCCCAAACAAUUUGGUUUUGACGCGAUGGACCAAGGAUGCAAAAAUUCAGUUUUUGAACAGCAGCAAUUUUAAUGAUAAUGUUGAUUUGAAUACGAUUGCCGAAGCUCGUUUUGGUUCAUAUUGUACUGUUUUAACAGAGUUCUGCAAAGAAGCUUCAAAAAAAGAUGGUGUUUAUGCACAAAUAAUGGAAGACCUGAUGCAGCUGAAAAAAAAGUAUUGCAGUAAAGAUGAUGAUGCAAUCGGUACACAAAAGUCAGCAGUAGGCGAUCCAGUUAUGGUUAAGUGUAAAGGUGCUCCAAAGAAAAAGAAUAAUGUCGCAAAAUCUGCCAGGCGCCGUUCAAAUGGCAAAAAUACAACUCCUAAUUCGAAGAGAUGUUCUGUAAUUUUAAUAAAUCAUUAUUUGUUUGUCAGUUUUAUAUAA